AUGGAGACUGAACCCUUUUCCACUUUCCACUUCCCUCCUGGUUUCAGAUUUCAUCCUUCUGAUGAAGAGCUCAUCAUUCAUUACUUGCUAAACAAAGUGAAUUCGCACCCACUGCCGGCAUCUGUAAUUGCUGAAAUAGAGCUGUACAACUAUAAUCCAUGGGACCUUCCCAAGAAGGCUUUGUUUGGAGAAGAUGAGUGGUACUUCUUCAGUCCAAGAGAUCGGAAGUACCCAAAUGGAGAGAGGCCUAAUAGAACAGCAGCUUCAGGUUAUUGGAAGGCAACUGGAACUGACAAGCCCAUUCUUACUUCUAGAUCCAAAAAGAUAGGGGUAAAGAAGGCACUAGUCUUCUAUACUGGUCGGCCUCCAAAGGGGGUUAAAACAGAUUGGACUAUGAAUGAAUACAGAUUGCCCGAGACAUCUCGGCCCUUGAAGCUUAGAGGGUCCAUGAGAUUGGAUGAUUGGGUACUCUGUCGAGUUCGACAAAAAGGCAACAUGUCAAAGAACACAUGGGGAAGAGUUCAAGACAGUCCCAUCCAGGAACUGAGAGGGAACUUCCCUAAGAUUGAGGAGCUCCCUUCUGCACAUGCAUACUCAAACACGAAUGUUAUCACAGAUCAUGGAUACAGAGGUUGGCACGUGUCAGCUUCGAUACUGACUCAAUCUCUUCCUCACUUCAAGAACCUUUCAAGUGAAAUCUUUCAGAAUAGCAGUACCAGCACUAUCAGUUCACUUUACGGAGAUGGUUCAGAUGAAGGAAAUUUUCCCCUAGGGAAUUCUUUCUUUGAGACCAUUUUUAAUGCACCAAAGGGGAAGUUCAAUGAGGAGACAACACGUGAUAAUGUACUACCAUCAGCCAAAAGUGUGACCAGUGACAAAGAGAAUGAGGAUCUUCAACCAGGAAGCACACUGUCUACCAACAAUAUGAACUACUAUGUUCAGAAUCAGUAUCAGAGGGACAUCUUCAAUCCUAACCUGUUGAAUACCAUCGCUGGUUUGCAAGGGCUUAAUGCGAGUAGCUUCACAGGAAGAUUUUCCAUGUAAUGGAGGAAGCAUUCACAGGACGCCGAAUUGGAAGAGUAACAGGCUAAAAGGAAAGCUGCCUCAGCCAAAUAACGUAAAUAAAAAUACAGUUAGACAUAAUUUCACAUCAUGGUAGUGGCAGUUAAUACCAUAGUAACAAAAUCUAUUGCCAUAAUAG